AUGCAGAAGUUUAGCUGUGAACAAGGAACCGCAGCGGGCGGCAUGCUCGAAUUCGAUGACCCAGAAUACUCUGUCUCUGGAUUUUUCCCUUUUGUUUCUGAUGAACAAUUUCCCCUUUCAAGUCUGCAACUGACUUACGGCGCUGCUGUAAGGCAAAGUUCUGAUGGUCGCCUCAGCCAACAAAUCGGUGAUGCGCAGGAUGGUGCUGCGUUGGACGGUGCUUCCGCUGGUUUUGCAGUUUUGCUUGGCAGCUUUACUGAUUCAUCUCGGCACGACUACUGGUGGAACGCGGCUGAUGCCCAACUAGACUUUAUACUCAACGUAGCUCCUCGUACCUCUACUGGAGUUAUUUCCCACCGCGUUGACUCACGCCGAUAUUGGGCAGAUGACGUCUACAUGGGGUUCCCCUUCAUUGCCUACUUUGGCGCAGUCACCACCAAUGCAACUCUCCUCCAGAUAGCAUACGAUCAAUGUCGCUUGUACCGUGAUGCUCUGAUUCUGGACGGCCCAACUGGAAAACUCUGGGGACAUAUUUACUCCGACGACACUAAAGAGUGGAUAGAUGAAGGUAUCUUGGGAACCGCACUUGGCAUACUACGUGUUACUGCGACAAUUCAGACGACUGAGCACUGUUCAGAGAUGGCCUCUCAGAUUGUUGAUCUCACCUCAUGGGUAAAGGAAAUUGUGGACGGCGAGUUUGCUGCCCUGACAUCAGAAACUUUGGUCCCGGACUAUAUCACUGGAGGUCCUUCCUUCCCUGAUGCAGCGUCCUCCGCUGCCCUUGCCUCUGUGGCAUAUCGGGUGGCAUAUUUAUACCCACAGCAGUUCGGCACAAACUACACAAAUGUGGCUGCGAAAAUACGAAAUGCGGUCGUGAGCAAUGUCACGAACCUCGGUACCAUGCAGCCCAUAGUCGACCCCUUGGAUUGGACUCAACCAGGAUCGCUGAAUACAGAGUCAUAA